UUGCAGUGUUCGAUGGCAAAUUGACUAAAUAAGAACGGACGUAUUUGCGUGCCAAAUAAUAUGGCGAUGUCAUAUCUGUGGAUUAUAUUAAUAUUUGUGAUUUGUGCGCAGGCUUUACAUAGUUUUAAAGAGCUAUAUUGUCAAGAUCCUGACACAAAAAUGUUACACGCUGUGAACACAACAUGGGCGGCGAAGUCUUUCUGUGGAAAUUAUACGUGCAAAUUAAGAAAGAAAAAUAGAACAAAUACAGAAUUAGUUACACCGCUUACAAAAAUUAACAUCACUAAUAUAAACAUUAACUUUGUUAAAGAUGAUGACAUGUCACCUAGUGCUAGUGACAAAGUAAAGACUACCGUGGAUCCGCUCAAACCUAGUCUGACACGUUUAUUGAGCAGGGAAAGAGUUAUACCUAAAACCAAAGGUGAUGACGAAAAGCGUAGUGACGACUCCUCAAAGGAAAAUUAUGGUGACCGUUAUUUAACAGAUAGUGAAAUAAAAACAAUAACUGAUAUGCUACAUACAGUUAAAAAGAGUGAUCUUGAAGCGAUUGUUGAAAUUUAUAACUUAGCACAAGAUAUUUACAAGGAUAUAGAAAAAAAUCAAGAAGAAACAUUUUUCCAGGAUACGAUGACACCUAUUCACGCUCAUGGUUUCAAUGAUAAUCAACAAGGGAUUACAAGCGAUAAGCAAAGAGUUUCUUAUUGGUAUGAGCCGUUAAAUUUUCAUAAUAGUAAAGUGAAGCCGGAAGUCAGUGUAAACGAACCGACAACAACAACUAUGCCAACUACAACAAUACAACCUAAUAAAAUUAAAAUUGCUGAAAAUAGUAACAUUGCUGAUAAUCCAUACUUCAAGGAGUCAUUAACAGACAAGGAUGUUAGAAAAUUACCUUACUAUUAUCCAAUGUCGACUUUCCAAAGGGUUUCUUCUUAUACCCACACGUUGAAACCGAAAACUGGAAUAGAACCGGUGUCUAAUCCGGAAAUCAAAGUAUGCAAAAAACUCCCACCAUUGCAACCGCCUUCGACCACCAACAAUUACCUGCUUCCAUCAUGGAUAAAUAAGUCAUUAAAGAAAUCCUAUUUUGCGGUAACUCCACAAAAUGUAUUCGAACCAUCACUCUUGUUACCCUUUCCCUUCGCAUAUGUAAAUAAUAAUAAUAUAACCGCGUACCCUCCUAGUUACUACUACGAUAACUACAAUGGAUAUCCAUGGGCACAUUUAAAUAUAUAUAAUAGAAAUAGAAACUUUCAUCAGUCUUACUUAGGCACAGCUUAUAUAGCCAGAGUUCCCGGUGAAUCUUUGUACGUCAAACCUAAUGUAAAUAGUGAUUACGAAGCGCAGCGAGGAACUAUUACUAGAGAUGACAUCAUAGAUAUUAUAUCUAGUUUAAAAGAUAAAGAAAUGAAGAAAAUGCCUGAUUGGCAAACUAAUUCACUACCAAAGAAAGUAAUUGAUGAAGUCAAAGGAAAUGCAGAGAAAUCAAAGAUGUUAAAACCUUUAAGAAAGAAAGUGAGAAUAGAAAGAAUAGGGAAAGUAAUAAAAUUAGAUGAGUCUUCAAGAUCUAAAAGAAGUAUUAAUAAUGAAGAUCCCUUUGAUGGAAUUGAUGAAUAUGAAACAUAUAUUACUACAACAACGUGUCAGCCGAGUACAGAAAUAGGAUUCUUCCGUAGAGGGAACAUGAGUAGAUCGUUCCCAGAAUGUUGCCCAGAGAGAAUACAGAGCUGACCACAGGUAUAGACAAC